AUGUCACACAAAAAUCGAUGGUGGUCUCGACGCGAAAUCGAAGGAUUGAUAGCAGAUGGGCGAAAGAUCAUCAUAUUGGGUGGCCAGGUACUGAAAGUCGACACAUGGCUACCAUAUCACCCAGGCGGAGAUAAAUCAAUAUUGCACAUGAUUGGUCGGGAUGCCACGGAUGAAGUCUCGGCAUUUCACUCCAAGGAAGCACAGGACUAUAUGCAGAAGUAUGUGAUAGGAGUAGUAGACGAACCAUGGGAAAAUUUCUUGCCUCCGAUACAGGGAGGAACAUUCAGAACGCUGGCAUCAAAAGACGACGACGACGAAACGCUAUCUUCUGACGAAGAUGUCAACUCAUCUGGAAAAUCGACGCCACCAUCUCCAGUGUUCGAAGCCGAAGAGAAGGCAGGCUCGGCUCGUCAGAGGCGCACGGGCACGGGCACGGACACACCAGUUUCGCGAGCUUCGUCAUUAUUCUCAUCAGAACAUGAGCAAGAGCAUUCCAAAUUUACUGAAGCUUCAGUAGCCCACGCGAUAUCAUCAGACAUCUCAAAUUACCCUCGGCUCGAUAAAAAGUCGCAAGCUGAUGUUGUCUCAAAGUACCGCCAGCUCGAUGAAAGACUGCACACCGAAGGACUCUUCGACUGCCCAUAUAGCUGUUACGCCGUCGAGUUCGGCCGAUACUUGGUUCUUUUUGCCCUUUUCAGGACGUUUCUCCAUUAUGAGUACUACAUUCUCUCGAGCCUAUGUCUCGGGCUACUCUGGCAUCUGCUUGCCUUUACCGUUCACGACGCUGGCCAUUUAAGCAUAACACAUGGAUUUCACACAGACAGCUGUAUUGGAAUGUUUGUUGCGGCUUUCCUUGGUGGGCUUUCGGUUGGUUGGUGGAAGCGGAACCACAAUGUGCAUCACAUAGUGACAAACUCUCCUGAGCACGAUCCAGACAUCCAGCAUAUGCCCUUUUUCGCCAUCUCUUCCCGCUUCUUUGAUUCCUUGCGCUCGACCUACUAUGAUCGCGUCAUGAAAUUUGACAUCGUAUCACGGGUCCUUAUCAAAUACCAGCAUUACCUCUACUACCCCCUGCUCAUGAUGGGUCGUUUCAACCUGUACCGCCUAGCAUGGUCAUACCUCUUAGAUCCGGCGCAAGCACCACGUAAAGGUCCAGCGUGGUGGCAUCGCUACGUUGAAAUGGCUGGCCAGGUGGUUUUCUGGUACUGGUUCGGUUACCGAACGCUAUACCUCUCGAUCCCGACGUGGUCAUCCCGUGUCGCAUUUCUGUUCGUUUCGCACAUGGUCACUGGGGGGUUGCAUGUGCAACUCACGCUCAGCCACUUCGCCAUGUCUAGCGCCCAUCUGGGCGUUCACGAGUCAUUUGCCCAGAAGAUGAUACGGACGACUAUGGAUGUUGAUUGCCCGCCUUGGUUGGACUUCGUGCAUGGCGGUCUCAAUUUCCAAGUUGUGCAUCAUUUGUUCCCUCGCCUCCCGAGGCACAACUUGCGUCGGGCGCAGAAGCACGUGAAAGAGUUCUGCGACGAUGUUGGAAUUCCAUACGUGAUAUUCACAUUUACACAUGGCAACAAGGAAGUCAUUAGCAGACUUGGCGAGGUCGCCGAUCAAGUGAAGUUGUGGGAGGAAUGCAGAAAGGUUGCUGCAAAGGAUCUGGUUGAAGGUCGCCAUUGCCAUUGA